AUGAGCCACGCCAACGAAACUACGAUCGACUUUGAGUCGGCCGCCCUGCCCGCUUCGGGCCUCCCUGCUAGCCACGAGCACGAGCUCGGCAAGGACCACAAGUCCGCCCACGUCUUUGGCGGCAACGUCGACGACACCGAGGUCCGCGCCGCUGACGAUGAGAAUGAGGAGUACCCCACCGAGGAGGAGCUCUCCAUCCUCAAGAAGGUUCCUGCCCCGCUCGCCUUCUCCGCCUUCUGCCUGUGCUUUAUUGAGCUGGCCGAGCGUGCUUCGUACUUUGGUUCGCAGCAGAUCUUCUCCAACUUUAUCAAGAACCCCCUGCCCGCUGGCGGUAACGGCGCCGGUGCUGUCGCCAAGGGCGCCGCUGGUGUGAACCAGUCUGCCGGUGCGCUCGGUAUGGGCUCUGUCUCGGCCUCGGCUGUUGGUUCGACCUUCACCUUCCUGGCUUAUGUCGUGCCCAUCCUCGGCGGUAUCGUCUCGGACGCCUACUGGGGUCGUUACAAGACCAUCUGUGUCGGUGUCGCCAUUGGUGUCCUCUCGCACAUCCUCCUCGUCAUCCCUGCCAUCCCCUCGGUCAUUGCUACCGGCCACGCCUUUGCCGCCUUCAUCAUUGCCAUCCUCAUCCUGUCCUUCGCCACUGGUUUCAUCAAGGCCUCGCUCGGCCCCAUGCUUUGUGACCAGUCGCCCGUCAAGAAGGCCGUCGUGGUCACCGACAAGAAGGGCAACCGUGUCAUCGUCGACCCCGCCACCACUGUCACCCGCUACCUCCUCAUCUUCUACUGGUGCAUCAACAUUGGCUCGUUCUUCGCCAUUGCCACCUCGUACUCGGAGCGUCUUGUCGGCUUCUGGCUUGCCUUCCUCCUCCCCGGCAUUGUGUACAUGUUCUGCCCCUUCAUCCUGGCUGCUCUCUACAAGAAGACCUACCGUGCUCCUCCCCAGGGUUCGGUCGUCAUCGAGGCCUGGAAGGUCUUUGUCACCCUCUUCAAGCGCUCGUCGUUCAAGCAGAUGCUCAAGGGCGGUGACCAGUUCUGGAACCUCGCCAAGCCCUCGCACAUGCGUGAGGUUGACGGCACCAUCGACGAGUCCAAGGUGUUCUGGGACGACAUGUUCGUUGACGAGCUCCGCCAGUCGUGCUCGGCCGUCGUUGUCUUUGCCGCUACCCCCAUCUUCAUCCUUGCCGACGGUGGUAUUGGUAACCAGCUGAACGACAUGUCCAACGGCAUGACUCUCAACGGCAUCCCCAACGACAUCAUGAACAACUUCAACUCGCUUGCCAUUAUCGUCGCCACUCCCAUCCUCACCUGGGGCGUCUACCCCUUCUUCGAGCGUAUCGGCUACCCCAUCAAGCCCAUGACCCGUCUCUCGAUCGGUUUCCUCCUCGGCAUGUUUACCAUGAUCAUCGGUGCUAUUGUCCAGUGGCGCAUUUACGAGACUUCGCCCUGUGGCUGGGAGGCUUCGGAGUGUGACGACGUUUCGCCCGUCUCGCUCGCCUGGCUCAUUCCCCAGUACGCUCUCCCCGCCGUCGGAGAGCUCUUCGUCAUGGUCACCGGCUACGAGCUUGCCUACACCCGUGCUCCUGCUCGCAUGAAGGGUCUCGUUUACGCCAUCUGCCUCUUCUCGUCUGCCAUCUCCGCCGCCAUCUCGCUCGGAUGCUCGGCCGCCAUCACCGACCCCUACCUCAUCUGGCCUUACAUCCCUGUGGCCGCCCUCUGUCUCGUCUUCGCUAUUAUGUUCCCCAUGUUCUUCUCCCACCUUAACGAGCCUAUUCGUUCGUUUGCGGACCCUGCUCGCCAGGCUGGUCUCCAGCAGCCCAACCACAAGAUCGAGGACGAGGAGAAGUACUAA